AUGUUAAUAUUUUUAUUUUACUUUUUUUUUUUUUUAAAUAAUUUUCUAUGGAAAUUAUAUUUAACUAGUGCUGAACGAAAAUCAACAACAAACGAAUUAAAUAUAGAAGAAGAAGAAGAACAACAACAACCAACAACAACAACAGCACGUCAAGCAAAAUCUAAAGCACUUGAAGCCCUUUCAAUUAGCAAUAAUAAACGUCGAAUAGAAACUGAUUCUGAUUUAAACGAAGAUCAAGAAGAUAAUAGAAAACGAACAUCAUCAUCUCGUCAUAGUAUUGUUCAUGCAACAAGUACUAUAAGACGUCGUAAAAGACAAAGUGAAAAAUUAUCCAAUAUAAAAACAUUGAAACGUCAACGACAAUCAUCGUCUGAAGAAGAAGAAGAAGAAGAAGACGAUAAUAAAACCAAACCGAAAAGAAAUUCUGCACCUAUUUUCUCUCAUCAUAAUCGACGAAAACAAAGUGAUUCGGAAAAACAAAGUGAAAGUACAGAUACGGGGAACCUUUGUGUUAGACGAAGAACAGGCGGACGAGAACAAAGUACAGUUGUAAGUGAUCCUUCAACUAGUAAUAAUCGUCGAUCACGUCGUUAUACAACGAAAUCUUAUAUUGAUUAUUUGACAACGGGUCAAUCGUCUUCUAGUCAUUCAUCGGUACCUGUCACCAAUAUCACCGGUACAGAUAGCCGAUCGUGUCAUACAAAUAAUACCGGUGUUACAUCUCCAAAUAAUCCUUUACAUUUAUUUAAUUCUUCAACAUAUUAUCAUCAAAAUUCUUCAUCUCCUCCGCCGUCAUCAUCAUCAGCACAAACAUAUUCUGGUAUUGUACCAACAACAUCAUCAACAUCUCCAUUUGUUGCUAGCAGUACACAUCGAACUAUAAAACAAUCCCUACAAAUGUCGACUGAAAGUGAUACCGAUCCAGAUAAUAGUCCAACAGCACGUGAUAUUCUAAAUGAUACAAGUUUUGCUCGUAGUGCUGCAAGUAGUGGUUCAGCAAGUGCAGCAUUAUUUCAUACAUUAUCGGGUCGUGUUCAACAUUUAAUGAGUAGAGUUGGAGGCGGAAGUCCAAUUAAUGGACGUUUACAACAAUAUAUCCAAGGAUUACAAUCAUCCGAUCCUGAUGUUAAAUUAACAACACUUAAUGAAUUAUGUUCUUUUCUUGUUAUGAGUAAUGAAGAUACAUUACCAGGAUUUCAAUUUCGUGCAUUGUAUCCACCAUUACGUGAUUGUUUAGCAGAUGAAAAUGAAGCAAAUGCUGAAAUAGCUUUGACAGCAUGUCGAGCAUUAACAUAUCUUAUGGAAGCAUUACCACGUUCAGCUAUUCAAGUUGUUGAAGCUACACCAAUAUUUUUAAAUAAACUACGAAGUAUAACAUCAAUUGAUAUAGCUGAACAAGCAUUAACAGCAUUAGAUAUGAUAGCAAAACGAAAUGCAAAACAAAUUCUUAUAUCUGAUGGUAUUGGUGCAUGUCUUGAAUAUAUUGAUUUUUUUUCUAUAACAUCUCAACAUAAAGCAUUAUCUAUAGUUGCCAAUUGUUGUAUACAUAUUGUCACAUCCAAUGAUUUUAAAUAUAUUCGUGAACAUUUAGAAAAUUUAUCGAAUCGUUUACGUUCGGAUGAUAAAAAAACUAUUGAACAUAUUUGUUCAAUAUUUACACGUUUAGUAGAAAAUUUUUAUCGUGAUUCAACAAUAUUAUGUGAAAUAGCAUCACAAGAAUUACUUAAAACAAUGCAAACAAUGAUUAUUGUACAACCAUCAUUAAUAAAUAGUAUAACAUUUGUUAGUAUUAUUCAUAUGCUUUAUAUUUUUUCGGCUUAUUGUCCAAUACUUGCUGUUACAUUACUUAAAAUGAAUAUAGCAGAAACAUUAAUAUGUCUUUUAACGGGUUCAGUUGAAGGUAAAAUUAUAACAAAAAAAUCUAUAACAUAUAAAUCUGCUGCUUUAUCAUCAAUAAAUGAAACAAUAACAAAUAUGACAACAAUACAACAAAUAAAUAAUAUUGAACUUAUAUCACGUACACCACAAGAAUUAUAUGAAAUUGUUUCAUUAAUUGGAGAAAUAAUGCCAAAAUUACCUAUUGAUGAUCCAUUAUUUCAAGUUGAUCAAUUAUUUCGAGCUGGUAGAGGAUAUGAUGCUAAUGCUAAUGGUUAUGUUUUAUGGCAUUGGCAAGAUGAUCAAGGUCAAUUACGUCCAUAUACAUUUCAAGAUUCUCGAACAAUCGAACAUGCUUGGCAACAGCAUGAAGAAGAAGUUCAAUUAGUUAUAUCUGGACGAAAUUAUCUUCUUGAUUUACAACAAUUACAACAAAUCAAUGAAGAAACAAAUCAAGCACGUUUUAUUAAACGUAUUGUUACACCAGGUUCACCUAAUCCUAUAGAAACAACAAUAUCACCUCCUUCAUUAUCAACAGAUGAAUCAACAAAUAAUGUAUCACCUCAACCAACAACAACAACAAUAAAUAAUACAAUUGAUGUUCGAACAGAAAUAUUAAAAGAUAAUAUUGAAUUAUAUAAUUCAUUUGUACAAUCAUUAUUUCCUAUUCUAUAUGAAGUUUAUAAUACAUCAGCUGGACCAGCUGUAAAACAUCGUUGUUUACAAACAAUACUUCGUAUGAUAUAUUAUUCAUCAUCUGAUUUACUUGAAACAAUUUUAAAACAACAAUCUAUAUCAUCAAAUAUAUCAUCAAUGCUUGCAUCAUGUGAUUAUAAAAUUGUUAUUGGUGCAUUACAAAUAUCAGAAAUUUUAAUGAAAAAAUUACCUGAUAUAUUUUCUGUAUAUUUUUAUCGUGAAGGUGUUGUACAUCAAAUUGAAAUUCUUAUUGGAUUUGGUAUAACAUCAUCAACAAAUUUACCAAUAUCACAUACACAUCAUACAACAACAAGUCAAAGUGAACUUAAUCUUGUUCAUAUGAAUGAACCUUCUUCAACACCAACCAUUCCUGGACUUGGUGAAUCUUUUGAUGAUCAACAAAUUCAUUCAUAUAAUAAUGAUUCUUCAUCAACAUCAAAACCUCAAGCAUUUCCAUAUCGAACAACAACAUCAUCUCGUCGUCAUCAAACAGAAUCAACUACAACCAAAGUUGAAACACGUUCACAACGUUCACGUAUACCUCCAACAUCAUCAAGUUCUCGUACUAAACCAUCAUUACAUUCAGUAUUUGAUGAAAUGGCAUCAUCAACAUCACCUCCGGAGGCAUCAACAUCAUCAUCAAUACCUAUUGGUCGUGGUCGUUCAAUACGUAGUGGGGCUACGAAUUCAGGUUUAUUUCGUCCAUCAACUUUUGAUCCGUCAUCAAAUUAUGGAUUAACAACAAAUAAUCGAUCUCAUCCAACUACACCUAUUUAUGUACCAUCACCUUAUUUACAACAACAUGCAUAUACAUAUGCAACAAGUGCACCAGCUGCAGCUUCAUUAACUAGUUUAUCAUCUCGACAACAAUCUCAAAUAACAUUAACAACACAAGAAAAAGCAAAACUCAAAGAAUGGAUACAUAAUCAAGCACAAAAUUUUCGUACAAAUUAUUUUUCAAAUAAUUCUUCAACAUCAAAUAUAGCUUUACAAAUAAUAAAUCGUUUAGCAUCAGCUGUUGAUAUAUUACAUAUUGGAAAAGAUCAUAUAGAAAAUACAAAAGCAUUACGUGAUAUAUCAAAUAUAAUAGCUAAAGGUGAUGUAACACCAUUUGAAAUGGUACAUAGUGGUUUAAUAACAAAAUUAUUUCAAUAUUUAACUGAUCAUACAUCAUUACCAAAUGAUCGAUUAGAUAGAUUAAAAUUAUUUUUAAAUAUAUUUAUGAAUAUACCAUAUGAGAAUACAAAUGAUAAUGAAAAAGAUUUAAAACAUUUUAUUAUUGAUCUUUAUCAUACACAAUUAAAUAAUGGAAAAUCUAAUCAAAAUAUUUUAAGUCAUUUAAUUUGUAAAUUACAUGGAUGUAUUAAUCAACUUGAACAGUUUCCUAUUAGAGUUAAUGAUGUUACUGGUCGAUCUGUUCAUAGUUCAGCUCUUCGAUUAAUAUCAACUCAUCAACUUAAAUGUAGUCUUAUUCGACAUCCACAAUGUAAAACAUUAAAACAAUGGAAUAGUAGUCCGGUGAAAAUCGAUCCAUUUGCACUUGUAUCAACUAUUGAAAAAUAUUUACUUUUACGUGGUGUAGCUAGUAGUACAAAUGAUGAUUCAUCUGGUAUAGUUGAUGAUGAAGAAAGUGAAGUAUCCAAUGAAUCUGAUGCCGAAGAUGUUAUUAAUGUUCUUACACAUUCAUCAACAAUGAGACUUGAAUUUUUAAUUAAUGAUCAUAUUAUACCAAAUAAUAUGACUUUAUAUCAAGCUGUUCGACUUGAUGGUGAAUCGGAAACUGAUACUGAUGAAUCAGUAGUAUCAUCAUCUAAUAUAUGGACACAUGUACAUACAAUUCAUUAUCGUCAAUUAACAAACUCUUCAUCAACAGUACCAGCUGUUAGUACAGCUAUUGGUGCUGCUAGUACAACAACGUCAUCAAAUCGUUUACGACAAACAACAGCAACAGCUAAUACACAAAGUUCAUCAUCAAAAUCUUCGAAAAAACCAAGUAAAACUACAAAACGUUCACCUAUACCAACAACAAUUGAUGAAUUAUGGAUAAAUGGUCAAUGUUCAAAAUCUAAAUCUUUAUUAAUAUCAACUUUAGAUGAAUCUCUAUCAUCAAUAUUAACAAUAAAUGAUUUAUCAUUAAAUGCUAUAUCAUUACUUCAUAUAUUAAAUAGUUUAAAUCUUUAUUGGUAUGAUCUAUAUUAUCAUACAAAUACAAUGUUAAAUCAUCAUAAUUUAUCUUUAACAUUAACAUCAAAAAAUGAAUAUUUGUCAACUAAAUUAACAUCAAAAGUAAAUAGACAAUUACAAGAUCCAAUUGUUAUUAUGAUGGGACGUAUACCAUCAUGGAUAACUGAAAUGGGUUAUACAUGUUCAUUUUUAUUUCCAUUUGAAACACGUCAAAUGAUUUUUUAUCCAUGUGCAUUCGAUCGUGAACGUGCAAUGCAAAGACUUUUAGAUAGUUCAGAUAUGUUAACACAACAACAUAAUAAUGAUCAAAAUGAUAGACAAUCAGUUGUACCAAGAAUUGAAAGAAAAAAAGUUAAAUUAUCACGAGGAAAUAUACUUUCUGAAAUGGAAAAAAUUCUUGAUAAUUGGAAUUCAAAACAAUUUUUAGAAGUUCAAUAUGAAGAUGAAGUUGGUUUUGGUCUUGGUCCAACAUUAGAAGCAUAUUCAUUAUUAUCAAAAGAAUUACAGAAAAAUGGUUUAGAACUAUGGAGAACAGAUAAAAUUUUUGAUUCACAUAAAGAUAAAGAUAUACCAAUGCCUGAAUAUGUCGAUACACGUCAUGGUCUUUAUCCUGCACCAUUAGGUCGUAAUGCAAAAGCAAAUGUAAUUACAAAAGUUCGUCAAAAAUUUAAAUUUCUUGGAAAAUUUAUGGCUAAAGCAUUAAUGGAUUCAAGAAUGAUUGAUAUGCCAUUUAGUGUUAUUUUUUAUAAAUGGAUGUUAGGAGAAGAAGAAAGUUUAAAUCUUGAAGAUCUUAUUCAUAUAGAUACAAAUUUAUAUGAACAAUUUAAAAAAUUACAAACAAUUGUAUUAAUACGUGAUAAAAUAAUGAUACAAAAUCAACAAACAAAUCAACAAAUAACAAUAAAUAAAUUAAAUAAUAAAAAACGUUUAAAAUCAAAAGAUGAUUCACCAUUAGAACAUGUCACAUAUUCAAAUAUAUUUGAUGAAAAUGAUUCAAGAUUAUUACUUGAUGGUUGUAAAAUAGAUGAUUUAUCACUUGUAUUUACAUUACCUGGUUAUCCAAAUAUUGAAUUGAAAAAAGGUGGAAAAGAUUGUUCAGUUACAAUACAAAAUCUUGAUCAAUAUAUAAAUUUGGUUGUCUAUUGGACAUUAGUUGAAGGUGUUCGACGUCAAUUUGAAUCAUUUCGUGAUGGAUUUAAUUCAAUAUUUCCUAUUAGCCAUUUGAAAUGUUUUUAUCCCGAUGAACUUCAUCAAGUAUUUUGCGGUAGCGGUUCAACAGAAUUAUGGGAUCUUAAAGUUUUACUUGAAUCAACACGUUGUGAUCAUGGAUAUAAUUUGAACAGUCGAGCAGUUAAAUGGCUUUUUGAUAUAAUGGUUAAUUUUGAUAUUGAUGAACAAAGAGCAUUUUUACAAUUUGUUACUGGUAGUCCACGAUUACCUGUUGGAGGUUUUCGAAUGCUUCAUCCUCCAUUGACAAUUGUUCGAAAAACAGCUGAAAAUAAUAGUGAUAAUACCAAUUCGGAUUCCUUUUUACCAAGUGUAAUGACCUGUGUCAACUAUCUCAAAUUGCCAGAUUAUUCAUCAAAAGAAAUAAUGAAAUUGAAACUAACAACAGCGAUACGAGAUGGUCAAUAUGCGUUUCUAUUAUCUUGA